AUGGCCACGUGUCUCCCAUUCGGCACCAUCCCCUUCAAACCCCACUCCCCCCGCCACGCUAAGAUCACCUGCUCCUCCACGACAGCCCAAUCACAGCUCGCCAAGCAGCACCUCCUCAGCCUCAUCUCCGAUCAGGAUCGAGGCCUCAAGACACAGAACAACCCCGCAAAGCUCACUUCAAUCGUCAGCGCCAUCGACGACUUGGCUGCUCUGGGAAAAGAUAGUAUCACCACCGGCGGGUCGCUGUCGGCUACGUGGCGGCUGCUCUGGACCACGGAGAAGGAGCAGCUCUUUAUCAUCCAGAACGCUUCCUUGUUCGGCACGCGAACCGGCGACGUUUUUCAGGUCAUCGAUGUUGAGCAAAGGGUUCUCAACAAUGUCAUCACUUUUCCUCCAGAUGGGGUCUUCUUCGUCCGCUCCGAUAUCGCCGUCGCUUCAAAGCAGAGAGUCAAUUUUAAAUUUACAAGUGCGGUUCUACGAGGGAAGAAUUGGGAGAUUCCAUUGCCACCGUUUGGGCAGGGUUGGUUUGACACUGUGUACCUUGAUGAUGAGAUUCGAGUUGUGAAGGAUAUCAGAGGAGACUAUUUGGUCGUGGACCGUGCUCUCUAUGCUUGGAAAGAAUGA